AUGGCGGGGGUCACUGAGCAGAAUCAGAGCCUCACGGAUCUGAUGAAGCAGCUACUGGAUGGCUUCAAUACUCUCAAGGCGGGUCAGAUCGAGACCCAGGAGGCGGUCCGAGGAAUCCAGGCGCGGACGGAGGCGAUGGAGGCGAGGGUGGUGGAUGCAGCGCGCCAGGCUGCGGCGACGCCACCGCCAGGAGCCGCUCCAUCGACAAAUCACGCUGCAGCAACCACUGCUGCUGCGGCCAUACCCCCAGGUGCUGCAACAACAAUGGAUCCCUCUUCUUCGCUCGGGAUGCUUCACGAGAUGGGAUAUGGGGCACAUGACCGCCGCGCUGCAAAUCUAUUCCGGGGGGACGCUCCGGGUAUCAUUGGGAACCCGUUGCCAACCCCGGGCACAUGUGUGAAUUCGAACUACGCCUUUACUCGUUCUCAUGUUGGUGAUUAUCGUGAAGAGAGUGUGCGUGCUCCAGCCCCGAAAAUCGAGUUUCCAAAAUUCGAUGGAGAGAAUCCUAAGUUGUGGCAGCAACAAUGUGAGACAUACUUUGAGGUGUUCCGCAUACAGCCCAGCUUGCACACUCGCUAUGCUGCUUUAGGAUUCCAGGGCAAUGCGGCGCUGUGGUUUCAGAGUGUCGAAACCACAGGGCGUGUAGAGGACUGGAGUGUGAUGUGUAGAUUAGUGCAUGAUUAUUUUGGUAAAAACAUGCAAGCAAGUUAUAGACAUCAGAUGCGUGUGCUUAGACAAUCUGGAAAUGUGUCUGAGUAUUGGGAUAAAUUUGCUAGGCUUAGACACCAGUUACUGUUAUACAAUCCACAUUUAGAUGAGGGACAUUUUGUUGAUGAGUUUGUUGCUGGUUUACGUGAAGAUAUUAGAUCAGCCAUUUGGCUCCAUAGGCCACAAGAUCUAGAAACUGCUCGUUUGCUUGCACUGUUACAGGAAGAAGAAGCUGUACCUUGCAAGAAGAGAUUCUAUUCAAAAACUGAUUACAAGGAUAGUGGCAAGACUAAGUGGUCAUCUCGCAAUGAUGAUUCUUCUCGAACUGAAACCAAGCGUAUUGAAACUGUCAAGGUGGAUGAUAAGGUUGAAGCACUCAGAGCCUACCGUCGCAGCAAGAAUCUGUGUUUUACUUGUGGUGAAAAAUACAGCCGCUCUCACAAGUGUCCACCAACUGUGCCUCUCCACAUAAUUGAAGAGAUGUUGGAAGUGUUGCAGAUCCAGGAUGGUUCUGAUAGUACCAGCAACAAAUCAGUUGAAUCUGAGGAGGACAAUUUUAUGAUGUUGGGCAACUUUGCAGUGGGAAAUGCUAAUCGCAAACGGGCUUUCAUAGUACAAGGGACGAUUGGCAAACAUCAGAUCUUAAUUCUUGUGGACUCAGGAAGUGUAUCCUCCUUUAUCAAUUCUGAGUUGGUGGAUCAAUUGCAAUGUACUCGAAAGCAGAUGCCGCCAUCUACUUAUGUGGUGGCAAAUGGAGUAAAGAUGGCAUGCGACCAUUUUGUGCCUCAGUUAGAAUGGUGUGCCCAGGGCCACACGUUUCAACAAGACAUGAAAGUCCUUCCUCUGGGAUGCUAUGAUAUGAUCUUAGGACACGAUUGGUUGGAUGAUCACAGUCCUAUGUGGGUGCAUUGGAGGCGAAAAGUGAUGCGUUUUACUCACAGAGGCAGAAGGAUUUCAUUAUAUGGGGUGCAAGACAACAUAAAAAAUUGCAAGCCGGUGCAGUUACCAAAGCUUCAGGGCUUACACCGUCGAGGAGCAAUCUCACAUAUGGUACAAGUGUGUUUAAAACCUGAUGGUAUGACAUACCAACUGGAUGUGGUUGAAGAUGAUAACAAGGAAACACUAGAACCUGCUAUUCAACAAUUGAUCGCCGAGUUUGCGCCAAUAUUCAGUAAACCAACUGACCUACCUCCAUCUAGAUCAGCUGAUCAUAAGAUCCCCCUAGUGCAUGGAGCUCAACCUGUCAAGGCUAGGCCGUACAGAUAUUCCCCUCAACAGAAAACUGAGAUAGAAAAUCAAGUUAAGGAGAUGCUUGCCAGCGGCAUCAUUCAACGCAGCGUCAGUUCGUUUGCAUCCCCAGUCUUACUAGUGAAGAAAAAGGACGGCACAUGGAGAUUUUGUGUUGACUACAGACAAUUGAACUUGUUGACAAUCAAACACAAACAUCCAGUGCCUGUUGUGGAAGAGCUGCUUGAUGAAUUAGCUGGGGCACAGUGGUUCACAAAACUAGAUCUACGCUCAGGUUAUCAUCAAAUACGUGUAGCUACGGGAGAACAACACAAGACUGCGUUUCAAACACAUCACGGUUUGUAUGAGUUCAUGGUGAUGCCAUUUGGCCUCACCAAUGCACCAGCAUCGUUUCAAGGUCUAAUGAAUCAAGUUUUUGCCGAGCUGCUGCGCAAAUGUGUGCUUGUUUUUGUUGAUGAUAUCCUAGUCUAUAGUCCCACCUUGGAUGCUCAUGUUAAUCACUUGAGAGCCGUCUUUACCUUGUUACAGCAGAAUCAACUAUAUGUCAAGUCCAGCAAAUGUUCCUUCGCCAAACAAGAAUUGGAAUAUCGGGCAUGUGAUUGGAAAAAACGGAGUAGCCACAGACCAGAGCAAGGUGACUGCUGUGACAAAAUGGCCGACACCAACAUCUGUGAAAGCAUUGAGGGGAUUCUUGGGUCUUACUGGCUAUUACAGACGGUUCAUCCAGCAUUAUGGCAUUCUAGCUCGACCAUUAACUUUGUUGCUCAAGAAAGGAGUGGUGUUCUUGUGGGGACCUGAACAAAAGCAAGCAUUUCAAUUACUCAAACAAGCAAUGGCACAAGCUCCUGUGUUGGCGAUUCCUGACUUUUCCCAAACAUUUGUGUUAGAAACUGACGCUUGCAACACAGGGAUUGGAGCUGUACUGAUGCAGCAAGGGCAUCCUGUAGCUUACUUAAGCCAAGCUUUAUGUCCUCGCAGUCAAACAUUGUCCACAUAUGAGAAGGAGUUCAUGGCUAUAAUUCUGGCAGUCAA